UGAUAAUGCAUGUGUUUUAUAAAUGUGUUUAUAUAGGGGAGAAAAUACUACUAGUAAAAUGUGUUUAUAAAUGAAAAUUCUGUAGAGUAAUUUUGUAAUAAUUGAUCUAACAAUAUAAAUAUAUUACCUUUGCAAGUAAAUCAUAAUUUUUAUUUAAAUAAUUAUUGCGGCUGUUGGUGCCUGUCCUUUUGGACUGCAGGGGCAGUCUAUAGUGGUCCAGAUUUUCCUUAGCUGCUUUUGGGCCCAAAUUUUAAAUGCCCCACAUAGGAUGAAAUUUGUGACAUAUGUGGUGAUGCUGGUUUUGACAAUGCAUUAGCUACUUGCUCCAGUUGCUGUAGUCAUGAACAUGGUUAUUGCAUGCCGGUUGUUCUCCAUGAUAUUCCAGAAGAUUGGAUUUGUAAAUCACGUUUGUCAAGUGGGAUGGUAUUGCCAGAAGCUGGUGGGAAGGACAUCACCCUGAGAACCAUGACAAUAGAUUGCUCUGAAAUGGCUACAGCAGGUGGUAAGUCCCAAGCUGUUGCUGAACAAAAGAACUCUGAUGUUGAAAAAAGCGAGUUGCUGAAUAUUUUACCUAUAUUCAAGAUAUACUGCGAUUAUCUCCCUACUUCACAUGCUACUUGGAAGGGAGGAUUUUUUGUUACUAUUUCUACACCUAAAAACUUUCUUGGUGGGUUCAAGGCUCAACUUCCACCCUCCAUCAGUCGUAGAGCCUCUGAGUUUUCAGGAAAAAUGCCUCUAGUCCUUAGUGUUGAGUUGCUUCCUCAAUCCCAAAUUUUGGCAGAUCUUUUUCAGAAUGAUUGUCCUGACUUUCGUGACAUUGCUCUAUACUUUUCCCCUGAUGAUAAUAUUGAGAGUUCCAAAGAGCACGCUGCCUCCCUGUUUGAGCAGAUGGAGGUCCAAAAUUCAAUGAUGAGAAGCUGCUUUAAUGGUGUGGAGUUGCUGAUAUUUACAUCAAAACAGCUGCAUGUGGACUCACAGAAUGUUAUUGCAAGGUUAGAAGCAGAAUACCAGUUUUGGGGAGUCUUUCGCCCUGUAAAAGACAAUCAUACUCUUGACAAGGUAGAUGCAGAACCCCCUCCAGUCAUUUCUUCUGUGGAAUAUGCACACAAUGACUGCGUGAGCAUGGAUGAUAGUGAGGCAGUUGAUAUGGAAAUUGAUAUGGUAGCUGGAGAGAAUGUGGGGAGAGUUGAUAUGGUUGUUUCAAGAUAUGCAUCCAAGAGACAUUAUGAACUCACUUCUAAUUCUGGGAGUAACUUGCAUAGGUUAGAUAGAAAGACUUCAACUAUUUCGAAGUAUUUGAUUUGUAGUAGUGAACAAUUAAUAUUAGGGUAUAAACAAGGGGUAAAAAGUAGAAGUGAGAUUGCUUUUGAGCCCCACUUGCACAGCUCAAAUAGGAAGUGUUUCAAUACAGUGGACCCAGAUGGCAUUCCUCCGGGAUUUGAGAAAGUUUUAAGACGAAACUGAGAGAUAGUAUACAAUACUACAAUCAUAGAGGAAAAUCCUGCAGUACCAUCCAAGAUAAAGUUCAGUUGAUGGGGGAAGAUAUGGCAGCUGUAGCAGAGAAAUAUGAACUGGGGAUGUAUCAUGCUGAGAAGGAAUUUGAGUGAGCAGGGCUUCUUCCAAGCAUGACCAAAUGCCUCUACCCAGUUUGGCUUUGAAAUUUGUCCUUAUUGCAUGGAAAGAACUUCACACGUAUACUUGUAGGUGUUAGUUGAACUUGUUAGCAUCAUGGUAAAUCUGUAAAUGGCCGUAAGAUUUCAUGAUAUAGUCAAGUGAGUUGAGGCCUGGACUCUUGGACUGAUUAAGGCACCUGCAAAGUUUUCAUUAUAACUUUGCAUUUACCAUGCCAUUACAAUGCGAAUGUUGCAUGCUUGCUGCAAAUGACUAAGCCAAAUUCCUAAGAUUAAGAUCAGUUGCUUAUUAUAUCCCCCCGAAAAAAAAAAAAAAAACUUGGGAACGAUUUUCAUCCAAGGCAUCAGUAUAUAAAGUCACACAUGAUGCUUAUAAAUAGCAUUUUGUUAUAGCAAAAAAAAACAAGAAUUUGUAUCACUCUGAAGUUGGCUAUAACUUGGUUGCACAAAUGAUGCUCAUCCAUUGAUAGAUAUAGCCAAAGAAAGGCACUUCACCCUAUGGUGUGUGACGCUUGGCUCCUCUCCAAUUGCAAGAAUCUUUAUAUUCCUUGUUGAGACCUUUUUACUUGAAUUUUGUUCAGUUGAAUGAGUGAUAUUAUUAGAACUCAGUACUCAAGACAGUUCUGUGAACAGGCAGAAGUCGGCAAGUACAACAGUAACACAACCAACCCUUGCUGGGGCAAAAAAAAGGGUGCAAAGCAAGUACACUACAUUAAGUGCCUAAACAC